UCUUAUGUAGUCUUUGGUUUUACUUGUUAUUUAUGUUUUUUUGGCGGGGAGAGUUGGGCUUUUGAGUUAUUUAAUUAUCAUACAAUAUUUACAAUGCCGUUAAGUCGAGGCGCUUUCAUAGUAUUUGAAGGCUGUGACAAAGUGGGCAAAACGACGCAGUGCAAGAAACUUGUAAAUAAACUUUUAGAAGCUGGAAUUGCUGCAAAAUACAUGAAUUUCCCAGAUCGGUCCACUCCCACCGGCAAGCUCAUAGACGCGUACCUGACGUCGCAGCAAGAACUGACAGACAAGGCGAUACACCUGCUCUUUGCUGCCAACAGAUGGGAACAGCAGCCCAAGAUGGUUUCUCUUUUAGGAGGUGGUUGCACCUUAAUUGUGGAUAGGUACUCAUAUUCAGGAGUAGCUUUCUCAGCUGCGAAACCGAACAUGGACCUGGAGUGGUGCCGGGCCCCUGAGCAGGGCCUGCCGAAGCCGGACAGCGUGUUCUUCCUCAGCCUGAGCCCCGAGGCGGCGGCCAGGCGGGAGCAGUUCGGCCUGGAGAGGUACGAGCGGCCCAAGUUCCAGGAGAGGGUGCGGGAGAACUACGAGGCCCUGCGUGACGACUCCUGGCAGGUUAUAGAUGCUGACAAGGGCAUCGAAGAGUUGCAUCAACAACUUUUCACCAAGACGUUACAAGUUAUCGAAAAGGCGCAGAUUCUACCGUUGGGUCAGCUCUGGUGACUUUACGUUUGAAAAUGAGUGGCUGGAAAUAUUUGAACCUCUCCCCAGCACUUUUUCACAAAAGUUGUUCAAUUACAACUCAUUAAUUGUAAUAUCUGACGCAGUUAUGAGGACUCUGAAGAAGUUUAUCCAGUAGGAAUGCUGGUCAGAGUAGAAUACUAAAAAUGUUAUGAAGGUGAAUAUUUUAUAAAUACUUUACUACUUCGUUAAAAAAAAUUGUUAUAAAAAUUAAAAAACUUUCCAUAUCAGUUGAGUGUUUAUCUUUUUCUGAACAAAUACUUUAUGAAACAUCAUAAUCCUCUUGUAAAAUUUAAUGUUUCUUUUUUUUUGGUCAAGUGAUGAACAAAUGUGAAAAAUUAUUUAAUGUUAGUAUUGAUGUUUGCAUGUAAAUUUUUAUGUGUAAAUACUGUUGACUGAUUUUCUAUUACCUAAUUAUUUUAUGUCUUUAAUUUCAUGGUGCAUAAUUCAUAACUUCUACAAAUGUUUUAGCUUUUGAUUAAUUUUUGUCUUACUUUCAUAGUGUUGUUAACAUUUUUAUUGGAACUUCUAUGAAAUAUAUCACCCCAUAAGGGCCAUACAUAUUUUUCCCCAAUAAUGCACUGUGUUUGCAUUUGGUCAAAUUUGUACAUAUGUACAUCGCAAGGCAUUUUCAUCUCUCUGUAACAAAACUAAAAUUAUUCUUGUUUUAUACCCAGCACUGCCCAGUUUGAACACAGGGUGAAGAGUACUUUUCUAUAAAUCAGAUGUAGACAGUUAUUGUCUUCUUAUUUUGAAUGUCAAGUAUGCAAAAUAAUUAAAGUAAAUUUAAUUUUAAUCACUUUAAAUUUAAUCACUGGAAGAACCAGGCAGAUGUUCUGCCAGUGUAUAGUUAUUUACUUCUAUAUAUCUAAAAAUGAAUGGGUCUGUAUGUAAUCUAGGCACUAUAAAUCACCAUAGAAAAAAGUUGAAAAAUGAAGAUAUCUGAUAUUGAAAAGAUUUCAUUAUCUAGCUAAUGCUCAGCAUGCAUUGCAAUGCCUCAAUCAAUUUUGUUUUGUAAUUUGUUUGAUGUAGUUUCACAUAUACAAAGCAUCUCUCUAUCUCUAAAUGUAUAUCUCUAUAUACAACCAUAUAUCUAUAUCUUGCACUAUCUAUAUCUCUACAUACCAAUCUCUUUACCUCUAUAUAUGCCUCUAUAUAGCUAUAUACAUCUGUAUUUCUCUUUACCUAACUCCAUUUCAUUCUCAAUACUUUACUCUCUCCCUCUAUAUCUCUGUAUUUCUCUAUCAAAUUCUAUAUCUAUCACUUUAUCUCUGUGUCAAUCUUUUAUAUUUAAUUCAAUUCAUUUAUGUCAUGCAUGUGCAUUCAUGCAACAAAAACAGCAAACUGCCGCUAUACUAUGUGAAUUAUUGUUUCUAUUUUAUUAAUUUUAAUUAAUUUCAAAUCUUUCAAAGAUAAAAUCUGUAAUGUGUGUGCAUUCAUACAAUGAAAAUACAAACUUCCGCUAAACUAUAUGAAAUACAUUUGUAGAAAUGAUUCAUGUGCCACCUAUUGUAAAAUACUUGUACUAACUCAGAAACCUUUGCGGGCAUGCGCAUAACUCACCAAAAUUUCAUCGCAAUUGGAUGAAUGGUCUAGGAAUGCAUACGGGAAAAACCCAAAUGCUCAAAUGACAAACACAAAUACAAACUUUUUUUUUUUUGCACUCAAAGAGCAAGUGCGGGAAAUCAACAAAAUCAGUGUUUUUUUUUUUAAAUUUUAAGAGUCAUGUCAUGCAAUUUUGAUUGCAGUGGGAGAAAAAAAACUUGGAUUCUCGAACUGUAAAUUUAAGGCGUGAUGCUGUUUUAUUUACCUGUUUAAGAAUUCUAAUAGUAAUGACAUGUCAAAAGAAGCUAUUAAAAUUAUUAUCUGUGAAAUAAACACGUGAGAUCUAAUUAAAUUAAUUUAUUCGUCCUAUUUUGGAAGCAAUGUUUUACGGUAAAAUUGAAGACAACAAAACUGCUGUUAGAUAUUCUGGUCAGCAACAUCAAGUGUAAUAGCUGUUAGUGCUCUUUUGCUACUCUUAAUCCUCAUUCCCCUGAGAGCAGAAAUGGCUUAACUAUGUGAACAAACCUCUUAAAUCAACUACCAGACACAUUCAUCUUAUCAAUACCAUUACUGUUUACGUGUAAAAUGAAACUCAUUUGUAGUAGUAGAAGUAAACUUUUUUAUUCCAAUCAUUAUGGUACAAAUUUUAUAUACAAUAAUUUAUAUUAUUAAUUUUUACGUAUAGUAAUGUUAGUACGUAUUAGUGUAACUCAAAACUGUUUUUCCCUAAAUAAAUGCCAGCACCACUUGUCUGUUGAACCAUGUGGAAUGUUGUUAUUAUCAUGAUGACAAAUAUAUCAUUCUGAGACUA